AGACGUGCAGACUUGGUGUGGUGGAAAGUUCACUCGUUUUUCUGCAAUGCAAACCUGAGAGACCCAGGAGGAGGGACCUUCUCCCAGAGGCGGGAGCAGAGAGUGAGCUCACUCCGUGGGAGGAGUGAGUGACGUCUUUCUGUUUCACAAACGGAAGGUGGGAUCGGAUGCCUGGAGGACACUUCCUUGCUGAGGAGGAAGAUCUGAAGGGGGAAGGAAAGUGCCAGUUUGACAGCAGACGUGCACAGCUGAUGACAGCAUAACAUAUUAAUACUUUUCAAGGCCCUGGGCCUCCAGUGACCACAGAAAGAUCCGUACAGAGGAAAUAAGAAAAGAAAUGUCUUCUGACUUAGACUCCAGUCUCACCAGCAUUGACUGGCUGCCCAAACUGGGAAUCAGCAGCCUGCGCUCGGGGAAAGAGAGAGGAGGGGUAGGAGGAGGGGAGAGGGAGAAAAAGAGAGACAGAGGGAAGGAGAGGGGGGACUUCAUACCAUCAGUCCCGAGUCCUUCUACAUCAAACUGUAAAGGUAAACCCCCCCACAGCUACGCCACCCUCAUAGCCAUGGCGAUAACAGCUGCACCAGAGAGGAAGCUGAGCCUAAAUGACAUCUACACCUGGAUAAGCAACACUUUCCCUUACUACAGCCGAACAGGCCGGGGAUGGAAGAACUCCAUCAGACACAAUCUGUCCCUGAACAAAUGCUUCAGGAAAGUUCCCCGGCCACAGAACGACCCCGGAAAGGGCUCCUAUUGGACAAUGGAUGGACCUCCGGAGCCCAUGAGUCCUGCAAGGGCAGCAAAGCGCCCCUAUCCUGAGGAAGAGGAAGAAGAGGAGCUUCAGCAUAUUCCUCCACCUGCAAAGACAGCAGCGGGGAGAGGACGCUCUCCCCGCCACCAGUCAACUCCCAACCAGGACCUGCAGUCUAACGCCUACCCAGUCGGAACCGUCCAGCGGCUCCCAUCCCCUCCCCCACACAAGCAACCAUCACCCUGCAUGUCAGCCCAUGUCUCCGGUCUUCCUGCCUCUCAUUUAUCUGUCUCCCAAUCAGCUGAGCUCCCGCCAGCGGCUCCUAUGUCAUCCAUCAAUUCCUUCCCUCCACCCCACCCACCUGGCUCCACCUUUUUAGUCCCUGCAGCUUCUGCAGCUCCUUUGCCUGCUGUGAGUCUCUCUGCAGCUGCUCCGUCUUAUUCUAACUCCUUUCCUGCCAGCUCAGAGCCUCUACCUGUUUCCACUUUUUCCUGCACUUCCAUCUCGACGACCGUUUGCACCAUGUCUGGUCCCAGCUCCUCGUGUCAAUCAGUUGCUCACCCUCCAGCUGUUUUAGGGCACCACUCCACUGAUCCUCCUCUGCGCUUCUCCUUUGAGGAUCUGAACAUACCAGACCUGUAUGCUUCCUUUAAGUCUCUCUUCAAGACGAUGCGUGAGAGGGGAGGGUCCAUCUCGGACGUCGCUCCCCUGCUUGUUCCCAGUAAUGACACUAUGCCUCUUCACACUCCAACGUUGCCACCGUUCUCCCCUCACCCUACAUCUGCCCUGACUGGACCACCUGCGGCAGGUCCACCACCUGUAGCAGCUCAAGUAGCUGUACAAGCUCCACAUCCUGCAGAGUCAGAGCGCAUUUCACAGCUCACGGUGCCAGCCGAUUGGUUCAGUAACCCAGAUUCACUGAAGGAGAGCUUCCGCAUUGCCAGCAAUCUAGACUGGGCAAACAUAGACCUCUCUAGUCACCCAGACCUGCUGGAAAGCAUGAAGCAGGCAGAGCUCUGCGACUGGGCCCUCGACCCAGGGCUCUUCACUUCCCUCUGUGACUCCCUGAACCGCUUCUUUUCUCAGAAAGGCAUGAUCAGCUCUGGAAAUAACUCCCCAGUUAUCCCCGGGGCACCUCACUCUGUCCAGCCAUCGCCGUUGACAUCCAACCCACCUCCCACGCACCCCUCUCCCUUUCAGUACCCCACCACUCUUCCUCCCACCAAUGGAACACCGCUGCCCCGGAGGCCCCCACCCACACAGGGACCUGGUCUACAGAGACCACAGCUGACAAACCCUGCAAACGCAGCUGCUGGGAUCCAGCCUCAGCCUUUGACGCCUCGACAGCGUCCUCCACUGAAGAAUCUGCACAGCAACAGUGAGGAGUUCCAGGAUGACUUCGACUGGGAUUCUCUCAUCAUUUGAGCCUCGCUUACUUGUGUGGAGGAAAAUCACCAAAUAGAGACUUCACUUCCUGUUUCUCUGACAGAUCAGGUUCCUCACUAAUGACUGAAUCUUAAAGAGUUUGAUAUUUGUCUUAAAUUCAUAGGCUGUAAUAUUCUUUCUAUAGCUUAUCUUUUGUGGUUAACUGGCAGAACCAAAGAUCCUUUUCUCCCAAACACAGAAAGCCACACACAUUCCCUGUUUUUGUUUUAUUUCAUAAAUUUGAUUUUUUUUUUCUCCAUUUUUCUUUUCAAAUGUGAAUGUUCACAGUUGACACCACACGAAAGUCAAACUUACCCGAUAAAAGAUACUUCUCUUGAUAUAAAAUAAUAAAUUCAUCCAGCUAAAUUAAAAGAGCAGUAUGGAGCAUG